UUUUUUUCUAGUGCAGAGAAGGGAAUAGAAUGUGGGUCUGAUUUCUCUCUCUUUCUUUCCUAUAUUUAUUAUUUUUGUCCACAUUUACACUUUGAUUUGUGAAGAAUUAGAUUUUGAGCUCAGGUUCUUGCAGCAUGGUUUCUGGGUUUUCUAUUUUCUUGUAGAGAGUGGCAGGCAGUGGCUGCAUGGAUGCUCACAUCUCACUGUAACUCUUCUCUUCAUUUCUGGGGUUCUUGUAUUUCUCAUGGUUGGAAUGGUGCAUUUCAUGCAAAGCUUUGGGGUUUUAGGACUUUGUUUUGCUGAUGUUGAUUAGGGGUCUUUUGGGAGUAGUAAUUUCUUGGAGAAGUUGAUUUUGGGUUGUGAGUAGAGAGAGAGAGAGAGGAGGGUGUUGUAUGGUUGCAAGAAUGGGGACCCAGGGGGGUGGUAGUAACAGCAUUGGCGGAACCCAAGCCCAAACCCAAAUUCAAACCCAGGACCCGAAAUCGAACCCGUUGGCUAGGCAAGGAUCAUUGUACAGCCUCACUCUUGAUGAGGUUCAGAACCAGUUGGGUGACCUGGGGAAACCUCUGAGUAGCAUGAAUCUUGAUGAACUUCUCAAGACUGUGUGGACAGUUGAGGCUAAUAAUCAAGCAACAGGAAGUGUUGAUUAUGGGCCUGCUGCACAGCAGCCUGGCCAGCCUGUGUCUGGCUCGUCUUUAAAUCAACAGUCAAACCUUAUGCUUCCUACGGAUCUGAGCAAGAAGACUGUUGACGAGGUGUGGCAGGACAUUCAGCAGGGGCAUAAAAGGGGUAGUCUUGACAGGAAAGCUACUCUUGGGGAAAUGACAUUGGAGGACUUCUUAGUUAAGGCGGGAGUGGUUGGCUUGGGGGGUGCUGACCCAAUGGGACUGCCGCAGCAAGCUCAAUGGAUGAAUUUUCAAAUCCCUUCGGUACACUCUCAGCAGCAACAGAAACAUAGUAUGCUGCCGGUAUUCAUGCCAGGCCAUUCAGUUCAACAGCCUAUUCCUCUUGGUGGAAAUCCUAUCAUGGAUGCUGCUUACUCUGAAACACAAAUAACCAUGUCUUCAUCGCCUAUGAUGGGCACUCUAUCAGACACACAGACACCAGGACGAAAAAGGGUUGCUCCUGAUGAUAUAGCCGAAAAGAGUGUUGAAAGGAGGCAGAAGAGGAUGAUCAAGAACCGGGAAUCUGCAGCCAGGUCACGAGCAAGGAAACAGGCUUACACCCACGAGCUGGAGAACAAGGUUUCACGUCUGGAGGAGGAGAAUGAAAGGCUCAAGAGACAAAAGGAAUUGGAGAAGGUGCUACCAAGCAUACCACCACCAGAACCAAAGUAUCAACUGCGACGAACAAGCUCAGCACCCAUAUGAGGAUCUUGUAGAUUCGUUAUCGUUUAAGUUUCAAUUAGCUGUGUUAGUUUAUUACCAGUUACAACUACUUGGGGUGCUGCCGCCGCCGCUGCGAAGAUGACAAGCUCAGAGUAUUGUAGUCUUGUAGUUGGCUUCACUCUCUUGAACAUCCCUUGGCUGUUAGAUACCCCAGUAACGAGUGAACCUUCUUCUUGUAUGUACAUUUUUAUUGUAUAUUAAUCAAACUUUGAACUCUGUGGGACUAA